UUCGACCAUUAUCCGCAAGACCGUCGUCCAUUGAUCCAUGCCUUCUCCGGUAGCCUUCGCCAGCUACUCUCCCGCUUCCUCUUCCCUCGUCCCCUCGCUCGUUCGCUCCGAUCUACGGGGUCAUCUCAAUGACAUCAAAGCCCUCGUCCUCUCCACUGUGAAGAGCCUUCCUAACUCGCCGAUCCCCUCUCCCAUUCAGUCUCUUCGCCAGGGGAAUUGGGUUAAGCUCAUUUGCGGCGCAAGUUUUGAGGAUGCCGCGGAUGUCAGGAAUUUGUCUCUUGUGUAUACACUUGCUGGAGUCGAUUGCAUUGAUUGUGCAGCAGAUGCGGCCGUUGUUGGUGCUGUUAAUGAGGGCAUUGAUGCCGCAAUGUCGAUAGCAAUGGUCAAGAGGCCCUGGGUGAUGCUUAGUGUUAACGAUGAUAAGGAAGACGUUCAUUUCCGCAAAGCUGAAUUUGAUCCUGAGGACUGCCCUUCUGAUUGCCCUAGACCAUGUGAAAAAGUUUGCCCUGCUUCUGCAAUAGUGAUACAGAGGGUGGUUGAGGGAGGUGGUUCAGUAGAGAACAAUAGACUGGAUAAACUGCAGUUUGUUAUCCAGGGUGGAGUUAUCACCGAACGAUGUUAUGGAUGUGGACGCUGCUUUUCCAGCUGCCCAUAUGAUAGAAUAAGUGCUACUACUUAUGCCCGAGAUCCUACUACUACUAGUAAGCUUUUGCAAAGGAGUGAUGUUGAUGCUAUAGAGAUACAUACUAGUGGAAGGCGCACUGAUUUGUUCAACCUGCUUUGGGAUAGCCUAGUGGAUUCAAUUGAAAAUGCAAAGCUAGUGGCAGUUAGUUUGCCCAAUGUGGGUGAAUCAACUUUACGGGUGAUGAAUAUGAUAUACGAGACAAUGCAGCCUCAUCUCAAAUGCUACAAUUUGUGGCAGUUGGAUGGUCGCCCUAUGAGUGGAGACAUUGGCAAGGGUGCAACAAGAGAGGCAAUUGCCUUUGCCAUUCAGUUGGCUGCUACAUGCAACAAGCCUCAUGGGUUUUAUCAGUUGGCUGGUGGCACUAAUGCUUUCACUAUUGAGAGCUUAAAGAAAUAUGGGCUGUUUCAGACGAAUCAUAUUGAUUACGUCGUAGGCAAUUCUUCAGAAGCGAGGAUUGAAGAUGAGCAAAUUGAUCCUAGACAAGCCUAUAUUGGUGGAAUAGCUUAUGGUGGUUAUGCACGAAAGAUUGUGGGAAAAAUUCUAUGCAAAUUGCCCAGACAAGAUGGCCAUGCAUGGAUAGAGGAUCACCCUGAGUAUUUAUUGGAGGCUCUUAACGAAGCUUUGACUUUAGUAGGUCCUGUCAAGGGGUACAUUGCCUACAGGGAGAGAUAAACCUCAUAAAAUUGACGUGAGAUGUUCAUCAAAUUAGUAUGAUAUAGCAAUGCACGUCAGGAUGACAAUGUAUCAGUGAUUAUAGAUGUCGAUGCUCUUGUCAAUCGCUGUGUGAGACCUAAACAGUGGAUGGAUACAAACGAGUUCCUCAAUUUGAACUUCUCGCUGAUGUUUCUACACUAUUA